ACGCGGUGAAAAGGGAGAAUCGUGUUAAAAGUAACAAUAACUUGCCACCUUUGCUGUGACUUUUAUUCUGACCCAGAGGAGCAGGUCUGAGCAUGCGCACUGCAUCGGUUCUAUGGGGACGGGAGGACAUCACGGAAAAAACGUAGCAGCAGCACCACAAACCCCACGCCGAGAUUUCGUCUCUGCGAUGCGCUAAAACUGCGCGACUAAAGCGGCCGUCGACUAUGCCCCGUGCGGCGUUAAAGUGCGGGACGACCACUUGACAGGCCUGGGCGAGGUCUGAGCGGCUGUCGGGAGGGGAAAUACAUUAUUUCAUAUGGGAGAAGCAUGCGGGAAAUGGUCGGAGGUUGCUGCGUGUGUUCAGACGAGCGAGGCUGGGCUGAGAAUCCGCUGGUGUACUGUGAUGGACACGGCUGCAGCGUCGCCGUUCACCAAGCAUGCUAUGGCAUUGUCCAAGUGCCCACCGGUCCGUGGUUCUGUCGGAAGUGUGAGUCACAGGAGAGGGCGGCGCGCGUGAGGUGUGAGCUGUGUCCCCACAAAGAUGGAGCCCUCAAGAGGACAGACAGCGGAGGCUGGGCCCACGUUGUGUGUGCGCUGUACAUCCCUGAGGUGCAGUUUGCCAACGUCCUCACUAUGGAGCCCAUCAUCCUGCAGUAUGUCCCGCAUGAGCGAUACAUCAAGACCUGUUAUAUCUGUGAGGACCACGGGAGGGAGAGCAAGGCUGCCUGCGGAGCCUGUAUGAGCUGCAACAGGCAGGGCUGCAGACAAGCUUUCCAUGUCACCUGUGCUCAGAUGGCAGGUCUGCUGUGUGAGGAGGAAGGCCCAGAAGCUGACAACGUGAAAUAUUGCGGCUACUGCAAGCAUCACUACAACAAAAUGCAGAAGAAGUUGCGCUCCAGUGAAAACACAAGUAGCUCCUUCAGCCAUUCCAGGGGGCGCUCCAGCUCUCCAUCGCAAGACAAAUACCACCACCACAGACAGAGGAAGAGUCAUAAGGACAAGAUUCGGCAAAAAGAGCGCCACAAGAAGUCCUCUGACAGCCUGGGCUCCUCAGUGACCACCAGCAGUAUAGAAAAGAUAUCUUCCAGUCACCAUAGCAGCAAGGACGGUGAGGGAAAGUCCAAGAAGCUGAGCUCACACAGUCACAGUCAUCGUAGUAAGAAGACAGGAAGCACUGGCAAGAGCUGCUCCUCCUCCUCCUGCUCCUCCAGUCCAUUCAACACAGGUGGCUCCCUGUCCUCCGCUCAGGAUUUCCAUCAGUUCUCAUCGUCCUCCCGCCUGGAGCGUGACCACGACCGAGGUGGUGACGACCACAGCGGUGAGGAGCGUAAAGAGCGUCACAGGCGGCCGGCAGUCCAGGAGGACGAGGACGAAGAGGACGAUGAAAAGGGGGAGGACAAAGAUGAGGAGGAGGAAGAGGAGGAGGAGGAGGACAGUAAAUACCACAAGCCACCGGCUUUGACUCCUGCCGAUGGCCCACUGGCAGGAUCACAGGGUCAUGACAGGUCGGAGGGCAACUCGAGCCCUUUUGAGAACAAGGUCACUAUUUCUACCUUUGGGUCCAUCAUGCGCAUCACUUCCUCGUCAGGGCUGGGCAGCAGCAGCAAGAUCCGGAAGAUCUCCUCCUCAGGGGACUACAAACCCUCCAAGUCUCUCUGUAAACCCUCUCAACUGAGCACACCGCCUAUUCUGGAGGAGGCGGACCUGGAGGACAAAGCCACGCCUCCACCACUGCCCAGAGAGAGGAGGCACCGCGGCAACAAGAAGAGCAGCCACGGUCCGGGGCGACCACGGGGCAGCAAGAACCGAGAGAGGAGGGAGGAGGAGCAUCACCACCACCAUCACCACACAGCGCUUCCCCCUCCAGCUUUAACCUGUUCGCUGUACCCAAACCCAUCCUCCAUCCCCCACCCCACCUUCCCCUCCACGCUUCCUCCCACCGCCGUCUCUUCCUCUUCUUCUUCUUCCUCUUCUUCUUUCUCCUCCUCCUCUGCCGGCAGUUUUUCCACAGGCCGUGGCAACUCGCUGCUCGGCUCCGGUAUCUACUCCAGUCUCAAGGACCCUCUCACGCUGGGCGGGGGUGUCUGCAGUACCCCUCUCUCGCUGGGUGGAGGGGUGUGUAGCACCUCCUUGUCCCUGGGAGGGGGUAUGUGUAGCACCCCUCUCUCCUCAGGACUCCUUCCAUCCCACGUCUCGUCACUCUCACUUCCGUCAGUCAACGCUGUCUCAAACACACAGGUCCAUCCAGGUUCCAGCGCCUCCUACAGCCUGACCUCCACUCAGCCUUUCACCAGCUGUCUCUCCACCGCCCCGCCACUGCCGCCACUACUGAGCCAAGCCCAGACCUCACUGCCAGAGUCCGACCUCGAUGACUGUCGCUUCCCGUGUCAGGGGAACUCACCAAGAGAGAGUCUUUCUUCACAGUCUCCGAUGAGCUGUCUUCCCCUUCUGUUUGACCAGAGAGACGGGUUGGGCGCAGGAGUCCGAACCCGUCCUGAGAACGUCCCUCCAGCCAGCUCCCACAUUGAGCUCCUGCUGGAGAAACACGGCAAUGGAGAGAUGGGAGUGAACAUUGUGGAGAUGCUCCAGUCCCUCCACUCCUUGCAGCAGGAGAACCAGCGCCUCCAAGACCAGAUCCUCAGCCUGACGGCCAAGAAGGAGCGACUGCAGCUGCUGAACACGGAGCUGGCCGUGCCUUUCCCUCCACACAUUCUUUCCGCCCACGGCUCAAUACACACCUCUGCCCAGAUCAACUUCCUGUCAUCCACUCAAGACCCCAUGAGCACCAAUAAGAGUCCCUUGUCCAAAAGCUGCUUCCUGAAUGACACCUCCUUUGUCACCUCGUCUGAGGAGCUCCACUCUGGUAGUCCGUCCCGCAGUAGCUCCUCCCUCUCCUUCCAGAGUACCCCUCCUCCUCAGCAGAGCCCCGCCUCCUUCGGCCAGCCCCUGCUGAACGGCCUGAGUCGAGGUUUAAGCGAUGGUUUGGGGACCAUCAGUCAGGCCUGCAGCUCCUCUUUGCCUGUGGUGGGCGGGCUCAUGGCAUCCCUCGCAGGAAGUCCUCAGCUGAAUAUGAAUGGAGUGCUGGGCAGUCUGAACGGCGUGAUCCAGUCUCCUGUGCAGAACGCCCCUCAGCCCGCACUUCCCGCUCUGCGCCCCCAGCCUCCACCGCUCAACCCCCAGGCCCUGGCACAGGGCUUUCAGCUUCCCAAGAGCGUGAGCCCGUCUUCUCUCCUGUCCGAGCAGCAGAAGCAGCUUCUUCUGGAGCAGCAGCAACAGCAGCAACUCCAGCAGUUCCUCACCUCACAGAACUUCACUCCUGAGCAGCAGGUGGUGGUGUGCCAGAUGCUGCAGCAGCAGAGACAGAGGGAGCUGCAGCGCCUCACGCUGACAGGAGCACUCACCUCCACCCCAAACUCACCCAUGAUCGCCCAGUCACCCAGCCUGCUGUCCUCAGCUACAGCCUCCCCCCUGCAGGGCUGCCAGGGAGGCAGCCUCUUUGGCCUGCAGGACAACGCACUUCACAAGCCCGGGACUGCAGGAGAAAAGGGUGACAAGAAUGGGUGACUUUUCUUGAUUACACGGAAGCAGCUCAAAUGAAGACAUGGGGCAUCACGGCCCACUUGAAGAACUGAGGUCAACUUACAUGACUUUCCUUCUCUGUCAUCUUUAUCUUACACCCUCUUUUAUGAAUGUAUAACAGGAUGGACUUAAACGUGGAGGUGAAGUUUUUCGUGUUUUGAAAUUCUUUGUAUCAGAGGUUCUUCUCAUAGGUUUUUGUGUAGGCAGCUUUCAGAGAGCAUGAAUACAGUGGUCUCUUCUUAAAUUGCACUAAUUUGUUAGCAAGACCAAUGGGGCUGCUUAUGAAGGCAGAGCCAGAGUUCCUGCUCAUCCCUGCAGGGGCUGUCUGUGUAGGCUUUUGGGUUGAAGUGUGAACUCAAGGUCAGAGUGUCGCUUCUCUGAUUUCUCAAGCACUGACCGUUCAUGAUUUCCCUCCAUGGCUUAAACCAGAGUUUCCAUUCGGUCACUGAGAAUCACAGACUUAUGCCACUUCUUGCAAUCUCACCUGUCUUCCUUGAUAUUUUGUCUUCCCUUUGUGUUCACCCCACCCAAAUUUCAUCCAGAUCUUCUAUAUGUCGCAGCCUCUCACAUGCACUUAUGAAAAGGAUAAACAUACUGUCAUUUUCAGUGUGAUGUGUGGUUAGUUGCAUUUCAACAUUAAGCUAGUUAUUACCUCAGAUCUUUCCGCCAUCUUUUUUCCAUUGUUGAAAUUUUGUGCUGACUCAUUUCACCGCAAUAACCUUCACUGGAUAUAAAUGCCCACCAAAAAAUCUUGGUGUUAACUCUAAGGUAUUAACUCAUGUAAAUGUAAAAUGACACAGACCCCAAGUGUCCAAAAUGGCGCUAUUGUCCACUAGAGACUGGCAUCAGCGUGAUCACUGAGCACCAGAUUUUAUUCAAAACCACCAUGAGUUUCUAAAGACUUUUAUAUCCUUCCAGUUGCUAUCGAGAUUAAGCAGACAAAACCAAACAUUUGGAAAUUGUUAAGUAAGAAAUUGUUUUUCCUAAACAAGUGUGCACUUUGCAUGUUAGUAGCUAACAGAGCAAAUUAGACAUCUACACAGUACCUUAUAAAGGAUGUUUGGUACUCACUAGGCCGCUAGGGACUGACAGAUUUUUUUCGAUUUAUGUAAGUAUUUUGCACUUGUGUCAGUUUUUUAUGUUACUUUCAUACAUAGAUAUUCUUUUCACGUUCACCACCUAGUUGUUCUUUUAGCAAUACUGGAUAGAAAAUGCCUUAAUGAUGCUAGAUUUACAGAGGAAACCAUGAGCCCAAAGGCUUACUCUCUUGUCGUCUUUCUUUGAUAGUGUUUUUUAUCUGGGGUACAUUGUUAAAGUGAAAGCACUCUUCCUAAACCCAUUUAUACUUUUGAUAGCUAACUGAUUUCAAAAGUUGAAAUGUGUGAAUAACCGUAUAGUGGUAACUGAAGUGUCAAAUUAUUUUGUAUUGUAAUUUUUGUGUUCAGAUGCAAUGUUCUUUAGUUGUUUUUGCUUCAGAGAACUGAGAAACAAGGACUUGUCUGAGUAAAGCCUGCACAGUGGUGUCAUAGGAGAUGGCUGGGGACAGCCAAGAUGUAAACUAUUAUUAAAGUGCUGUCACAGUCUAUGAUACAUAGUGUAGCUGGCAUCAGUUGAGCAGAUGGUGAAUAGCCGAUGUUGUUACUGUCGGUCUUUUGCUGCAGAGCUGUCUGAGGCCAACUUAAGCCAACUAUGUUAAACGUCUCUUUCCAUCCACUCCACUUUAUCAUAUGAGGCCUCUGUUUGGAUAACAGAAGGCCAAUCACAGAGUAAGUGACUAUUUUAUUAUGUUUUCUCCGGAGUUCUUUAACAAUAUUGUCACAGGCCUUUUCAAACAUUUUCUCACUUCUCUUUGAACAUUAUCUCCCACACAUGUGAUAUCUCGAGUGCUAGAUUGUUUUGUUAGCAGCUAAUGUAGACCUCAGAAAGGAACUUCAAGCAGCUCACUAGUUGGUGAUAAAUACUGUAGCAAUGACAGAAGGGGACAGUUGAUUAUGUUGAUGAAGACAUGAACCAAUGUGUUGACAUGGCUCCAAGUGGGAGGUCUGCAAUUUACCAAGUAUGUCCUUAUGUAAGUCCAGACACACAACCAUGUCCAAGAGAUUGAGUGAGGAGUGGUGCGAAGGAUUUCUGAAGCGGUUUCUUUCUCAUGUUGCACUGGGGCGCUUUGGGCCCAAUUGUAAAUUGUUUUUUUUUUGUACCUUUUCAAUUUUGUUGGAAUAUGAGUUGUAUACUUUAAUAUGUUUGUGUAAAAACACAUUCAUUCUUUUAAGCUUUGAAGUUUGGGUAACCAAGAUAAUCCAUGUUCUGAAUGUCGUACUGUGUAUCUUUUAUGUAUUACAACAUUUAAGCACCUGGCUCUGAAUGAGGCCUGAUGGAGAGCGAGUUACUUAUCGGGAUAUGAAUUGCAUGAAAUGCAGUGACAUCUCUCAGAUGUGUUGCUAAAUACCAAGUAAUAACUAUGCAUAAUUUUAAAUGCAUUGUUCCCUGGAAAAAAAAAGAAAUUAAAUGAAAUGAGCACUGAAUUUUAAAAAGGACAAGCAUGUUGUCAUUUGUACAGUGUAUUUGUUUGAGAGAAUUGAGCAAAACGAAUUUGACAAUAUUCAGAUUAAAAGCCCUGUAAAGUAUUUUGAUAUUUUUGUGUGUAAAAUUAAAAGGACGGAUUAAGAAUUUUUUUUGUCAAUAAAUGUAUUUUACUGAGUUGUUUUA